AUGCCUCUCAUCCAAGCUUCCUACGACGACCUCCCUUAUGUUGAUGCCGAGCUCGAGGCUCAACACCUGGCCGCCGCCAGGGCGGCCAUUGACGCUGACAUCCGGACCGCUGGCGUAGACGUCUCAGAGAUGCAUCCGGCCCUGAUCCCCGCCGCCGCCAAAUACAUACCCGCCUUUUCCGACUUCAUAUCGCGCGAACAUGCGCGACUCGACGACGACCCAACCUCCAAGCUGUCCGGCAUCGACCUGAAGCGCUAUGAAGAUCUCGACGCGCCCGAGAACACGACGCCAACAAGCGACGAGCAGCGCCCGGAGCUGCUGGAGAAAUGGAGCAAGGCGCUGAAGCAGGCCUACACCAGUUCCGAGUAUGUCCAGGGCAGGCUGGCCCAUCUCGGUUUGCUGGAGAAGUUUGGAAAGAACGCGUGGCUGGUCGGCAACUCGCAGCUCGAGGAUAUACUAAAGGGCAUCGAGGCUGAGCUGGCCGGCCUGAGGAAGCAACAGGAGGAGACGGACAUGAUGAGGCGGUCGCAACAAGACAGCGUAAGCGGUGAGAUCAAGACGCUCGAGGAAACGUGGAAGAAGGGCGUGGGGAGAGUGCUGGAGACAGAAGUCGCAGCCGAAGGGCUUAAGCAGCAGAUUAUGGAGAAGCGGAGGGCUGGCGCUGUUUGAGGCGCAAUACGGUGCCAUGUGAUCUGGUACUUUAUC